AUGUCUCAUGUAAUUAACCGCACGUUCUGCUCCAUAUACGUGUUUCGUGACCCAGGUGCGCUCUCUCUACGCCAGAGGCUGCGCCUAGCACAGGGAGCAGCAGAGGGCCUGGCGUACCUACACGGGUUCGACACAACCAUUGUUCACCGCGACAUCAAGCCGGCCAACAUCCUUGUGACUGCCGACAUGCAAGCCAAGGUGGCUGACUUUGGACUACUCAAGCGCCUCACUCACGGCGAUGCUGAUGCCACGCGAGUGGCCGGCACUCCUGGCUAUGUGGACCCGGACUACAACCGCACCAACGUCAUCACGGCCAAGAGCGAUGCGUUCAGCCUUUUCUUGCUGUCAUGCUACCUUGCACCACAUUUCCUGCUGAUCAUGCUAAUUUUCACCGCCUCUCCCAUUCAUCAUCCUUUCCUUGUGUGGAUCCUCCAGGCAAUGAAGAGGGUGGAGGCGUAUAAUCUAGAGGAGCUGAGGGACAGCAAGAUGCCAGCAGUCAGUGAAGAGGCCAUAGUGGAGUUUGCCGACCUGGCUCUGGACUGCAUCAAGUCUCCCGGCACACGGCGACCCACCAUGAAGGAUGUGGCAUACCGCCGCAGUGCCCUCAUUGCCAAGCACUGCCCUGACAGGGAGGACGAGUGGGAGAGUGUUGCAAGAGAAGAGAGUGCCGAGGGUGUGCCUUCAAGGGAUGUUUCUGCUGUGUCGUUUGGAGAUGGUGGGGGUGGCUCACAGUCUGGUGUGAGCUCAUUUGUGCGUGUUGGCUCGAUAGCACGGAACUGCGGUAUAGGUGCAGUACAGCAGCACUAG